GUUACAGAGAUAGCUUUUUUCAUAGUAUUUUCAGAAUAAAAAAGUUUUGAAAAGGCAUUUAUAUUCACUUUCUUCCCAAUUGUCAACUGCAAGAGAAGGAGAGAAAGCGUGCGUCCAUGAUCUUCCUCAAACUCCAAUAAUAUUAUUCAAUUCUCACACCAGACGCUAUCUUAUUUCCCCAAAUUUAUCAUUCAUAGAAUUUAAUACUUCCAUGUCGCCGCUUCAGGCAAUUCUUCCCCAUCCUACUUUCUUUCAUUUAAUUCCAGUUGUUUCUUCAAAUCUAUAACUCCUCACUGUUUUUCUUCUUCUCUCAGGAUUUCUUCCCAUUGCUUUUUCUACACAUAAUCAAAGAAAACGUUCCCUUUUCACCAGGGCUCCCUUUCACGCAAUCUUUCAAUAUCAAUGUCAACCAGUAGUUGCAGUGGGUCGCCGGAAUUAGAAGCAUGCCGGGAUGAAAAAACUGCUCUGAUUCUCAAAAUUGUGGCCAUUGCUUCCAUCUUUCUCGCCGGAGCCCUAGGAUCGGCCAUUCCAUUAGUUGGCAAGAACUGGCGACUUCUCAAAACGGAGUCCAGUUUCUUCUUUGCCAUUAAAUCCUUUGCAGCUGGUGUCAUCCUUGCUACAGGAUUCGUCCACAUGCUACCAGAUGCCAUGUCAGCAUUAUCUAACCCUUGUCUCCCUGAAAUCCCUUGGUCAACUUUCCCUUUUGCUGGUUUCAUUGCAAUGAUGGCUGCUUUGACCACACUGCUUGCUGACUUCAUAACCACUCAAUAUUAUGAGAGCAAACACAAGAAUACGCAGAUUAAAACUAGUAAAAUUGAGCCGGAUGACUUGGCUUUUGCAUCCGUGGUGGUUCCGUUGGUGGUGAAAGAUGGCGGUGCUGACGAGGAUGGCGGUGGGAUUCAAAUCGCGAGUGUGGAUGGUCAAUAUGGUCAAAUGCACGACCACUCGGACAGCCACUCACACUCGCAUACUUUUGGUGAUGAUACCGACGGUGUUGCAAGAAAUGUUGUCGUUUCUCAGGUACUGGAACUUGGAAUAGUGUCACAUUCGAUCAUCAUUGGUCUAUCGCUCGGAGUUUCACAAAGCCCAUGUACGAUUAGACCGUUGCUCGGGGCACUAUCUGUUCAUCAGUUCUUUGAAGGGUUUGCAUUGUCUGGUUGCAUCUCAGAAGCAAGAUUCGGGAUGCUUCGAUCCACAGUGAUGGCGUUUUUUUUUGCAAUAACGACACCUUUAAGUGUCGGGAUAGGGAUAGGGAUCUCUUCAUUUUAUAAUCCUAAUAGCCCUAAAGCUCUGAUUAUUGAAGGUAUUUUGGACUCUAUUUCUGCUGGGAUUUUAGUUUAUAUGGCUUUAGUGGAUUUGAUUGCUGCUGAGUUUUUGAGCAAGAGGAUGGGAAGCAAAUUAGGGGAUCAAAUGGUGUCUUUUAUUGCGCUUUUUCUUGGGGCUGGAUUAAUGGCUUCUCUUGCAGCUUGGACUUAAGAGAAGAUAUGCCCUGCCCUUUUGUGUAAUUAUUUAACGUCAUCUCAUCUAUUAAUUAUUGUCCAAU